AUGCUUCUGGGGCUUUCAUCGACCCGCGGGCUUGACCAGAGAUGUCCCUGGGUGGGAAUGAACUUUGUACCCCGCUCCGGGGUUGCCGAGGCUCGGCUUCCCCUGACCCCUGACCUGGUGGGCCAGGCUGGAAGCCCGGAGCUCACUCUCGCAGCCCUGCUCCAGUCAGGAUAUAAGAGCUGGAGACGAAGGAGGCUCUCGGACCCGCCGGGUGACCUCGCCCAGCGGGGGUUGCCUGUCACUGGGCCAGGAGGGGUCAAAGGCCGAGGCAGAGCACGGGCUCUAGAUCGUGGGCUACGUAGCGGCUCAUGGGCUCUGUUGCUCCACGGCAUGUGGAGUCUUCCCAGACCAUCGAUGGAACCCGUGUUCCCCGAAUUGACAGGAUAA